AUGUCAUACGAACGUAAUCAAAUAGUUACAGCUUUUCUCCAAACAAAGGAACUCGAGAACAACAAUUUUGAUUGUCCAAACGGAUUGUUAUGUUCGAAAUCUUGUGGAAAUAUUUCUAAAUAUUUGAAUAACAAUUGCGAAAAUACAAUGAUUUGUACAGAAAUGGGGUGUACGUGUUACAAAGGUUUAACAGGUGACAAAUGUGAUAAACAUUGCAUUAAUAAUCGAUACGGAUAUUGGUGUAAAGAAAAUUGUGGUCAAUGUUUAUAUAAUUCGUGCGACAGUAUAACGGGAAUCUGUAAAAAUUCUCAAUGCAACAACAUGGAAAAGUAUUAUAUAUCACCGUAUUGUAAAACAGUAAUCAAUGUACCACCACCACCAAUUAUAAAUUUUAUUAAUGAAACAUACGUUAGUAAUAAUAGCGAAGAUUUAAAUGAAAGUACAUGUUCGUAUAAGAAUGUAUUUUCGAAUACUACUAUUUUCGAAACAGAUUUCAAAUUUUUAAAACCUGGUAUAAAUUAUAGUAUAUGGUGUAAUUUACGCUAUGGACAAGAGGGAACUAUUAUAGAAGGUUUAUCAAAAAAUGUUACUAUACCCUGCGAUGUUAAUGCAUCUUUUAAUAUUGAAACGAAUGAGACGUAUUUAACGAUAACUGAUGAUAAUUCAUUAAUUAAUAAUGAAGGAAUUAAUUACUCGUGUCCAUGGGUUUGGUAUAACUUGUUAAUUUAUCAAGAAGAUAAUAUCAAAAAUAUAAUUUAUGAAGGAAAUUUAAAUAAAAUUCCGUUUACACUUGAAGUUAUACCUGCAACAAUUUACAACCUAUACAUAAGUGGAAAUAAUAGAAAUAUCUUAUCGAAAAGUAUUUUAACUGAUGAUGGGGAACCUUCGAAGGUAACGGAAGUACAAAUUAUUAAACCAUCUAACGAUCAAGUAUACAUACAAUGGAAACCACCAGAACAACCAAAUGGAAAAAUCAAAAAGUACGAAGUCAAUUUAAUGGUUGACGUUUAUUACGGAUGCGUUAAUUAUGAUCAAUCUUUAAUCUCGAAAUACAACAAAACAAAAUAUACAACAAUGACUAAUGUUAGAUUUUUUAAUUUACCGUUAUACGCAAAAUAUAUAAUAACAAUUGCAGCUUAUAAUUCGAAGAAAGGUUUGAAAAUAGACAAAUCUUUUACUACGAAUUCUACAGAUAUUCCAAGAUCUAUACUUUCUAAUUUGAAAUAUGAAAAUAAUCGAAUUACUUGGGGCAAACCAAAAGAUUGUACGACUAUUUCCGGACCUAUCAUUGUAACGAAAAUAAUAUUUACAGGCAUUAGCGAGGCUGUACAAAAUCAAACAUUUAUCCGUGAAACUUCAAAAUUAUAUUUUGAUGUCAAGGCAUUAACUUUAGAAAAUUACGAAAAAUAUAAAGUACAAAUAUUUCCUAUACGAAACUAUCACAAACCCCAUAAUGAUAGUACUGGCGUGGAAUUGAUAUUCAUUACCCCAUCGAAACCACCAACAUCGGUAAGAGAACUUGAUAUAUAUGAAUUCGAUGAUCGUACAAUGACAAUUUCCUUAAGAUGGCAAGAACCAUUGCCACCAAAUGGCGUAUUAGAUUAUUAUAGUGUUAAUAACUAUUACUAUUAUCAAUAUUUUAAGUUAAAUAACAUGCAUGUUGUAUUUCCUAAUGAAUCUUGUACACUUUGGAAGAAUUACAUCUGUUCAAAAAUCGUAUUAACGAUUAAUGUAUAUAACAGAAUAACCGUGACGGGAUAUAAUAAAAAUGUUAACAUUGCUGGAAAUUCUGCCAUCACUUAUUACAAUCCAAAAACAAUUGCAACCAAACCAGAUCCACCGAAAUAUUUAACAAUUAUAAAUGAUUAUAAAGGUAUAAUUAAUUUGACUUGGAGUCAUCCUUGGAAAACGAAUACACCGCUUGAUAAAUUUGACAUACAAAUACAAAUGUUGGAUAAUAAUUUAAAAGAAAAUAAUUGGAAAUCCGUAAGAAAUAAAUAUUACUAUUAUAAAAUCAAGAAAUAUCAACAACAAUACAAUUGGCGUAUAAAUUUAUUAUCUUCUACUACGUAUAACAUAAGUGUACAGGCUGUAACAAUUAAGAAUGAAACAAGUGAAUUGAAAAGUUCCAUGAUACGUACGCCUGAUUCUAUAACAUUUGAAAAUAACAAAUUAAGUUAUAUGGUUGAAAGCAAUACAUCGAUACUGUUAAAAAUUCCAAGACUUUUGAACGACACUAAAAAUAGUAAAAUGUUUAUUGUAAUAAAGGGUGAACAUCCGUGCAAAAGGUAUACAAAAUUGAACAAUUAUUUAAGGGAAUCAACGAAUAUUAAAAAUAACGAAAUUGCAUGGUUAGCUGCUAGUUUUUCUGCCGAUAAAUAUUCCGGAAAAGAAUUUUCAAUAGGUGAUAAUAAAAAAUACGAUGAGGGUACCAAUUGUCCAUUUAUAUUGUACAAUGUUUAUACGAUUUACGUGAUAGUUCAAACAGAAAAUGUCACGCUUUUAUUAUCUUUAAAAACAAAUCGUUUUUUAUUCAUAACCAAAUCGUACGACAUUUGGCCAAUUUAUUUGGUGGUUAUACUUAUCAUUAUAUUUUUCUUCGUAUUUGAUCUUCAUCGAAGAUACAACGAGAGAAAUUUACGUAUUAAUAAUUUUCCUUUGAAUGAGAUCGUACAACAAACGAAUGAAAAUAUACAAAAAGUUAAACCCACUUUACCGAUUCUAUCGGAAAAAUCUUCUUCCAUUAAUCGAAGUAAAGAAAAUCUUCAGCUUUUGGUUGAUAAUAUUCAAAUGAAUGAUUCAACUAUGAUGACAAUUAAAGUGAAAGAUUUUGAGGAUUAUGUUAGAAAUGCGAUUAAAUUGGGAUUACUGGAUCAACAAUAUGAGUCUUUUCCAAGAGGCCAAACAAAGUCCUGGGAUUGCGGCAAAUUACCGCAAAAUAAAUGUAAAAAUCGUUAUGGAAAUCUUAUAGCAUAUGACGAAACACGUGUGGUAUUGAAGAAACUCGAGGAUGACCCUUUCUCCGAUUACAUCAACGCCAAUUACAUCAAGGGUUACAAAAAGGAAAAACGUUACAUAGCUACACAAGGACCGAAAAAAAACACGAUUGUAGAUUUUUGGCGUAUGAUCUGGCAAGAAAAUGUCUUCGUUAUUUGUAUGCUAACUAAUCUAAUUGAAAAUGGAAAGAUCAAGUGUGAACAAUAUUGGCCGGAUAUUGGUAAAAAGAAGAAAUACGGUGACAUUAUGGUUUUUAAUUCAACUCACAACAUUUUCGCUGACUAUACUUUUAGAAUUUUACACGUAACGUGUAAUGACGAAACCCGUAAGAUCGAACAUUUGCAUUACACAGCAUGGCCAGAUCAUGGUGUACCGAUUUACAUACAUUCCGUUGGAACUUUUUUAAAAAUAAUAUUAGCUAAAAAAAUUGGAAACGGACCAAUGGUAGUUCAUUGUAGCGCUGGUAUUGGUAGAUCCGGUACAAUCAUUUUAUGCGACAUUUGUUUGAGACGUGCAGCGGCCGAAGGGGUCGUCAACGUUUUUUCGGAAAUGCAAUCGAUCAGAAAUGAAAGAGCCAAUAUGGUAGACAAUAAGCAACAAUAUUUGUUCGUUCAUUUAGUUUUAAUAGAUUGUUUACUCUCUUUACCAACUUCUUUACCUUGCAACGAUGCAUUGCCAACAAAAAUCAAAGAUUUGAAGAAACAAUUAGAAAUACAAUUUCGAAGAUACAAUAAAUCAAGUAUUUUUAAAAAGAUAUCCAGUGGAUGACGAGGAAAGUGAUUACAUAGCUGCAAUUUACGUGAAUGGAUUCAAAGAACAAAAUCAAUAUUUAUCGAGUCAAUUACCAA